AUGAAGUUCUCCGCUGCCAUUGCUGCCCUCGGGCUCACAUCCGCCGCUGCUGGAUGUCUCCUCGACAGUGAGCGAGAGGCGGAGCGCCUCUAUGCUCGAACCGGCGAGCGCCCCGGCCGUACUGUCUCGAGAGUGAAGAGAGCCUCCACUGCUUUCCCCAUUGGCACCGGAGACCGUUUUUCUAAUGGAUGCGUCGCCCCGGUCGGUCUUGGUACCAAGGACCGCGAUGUCCAGUCCAUCUUCAAUGUCAAGGAGGUCGGCACCGCCCUCAAGGGUCUGAAGAAGGCCUACCCAGACGACAUCAAGCUCUUCAAGCCCCCCUUCAAGACAUAUGAGGGCAGGGACUUUCCCGGAGCCAUCAUUGGCGAGAAUCCCAGAGUCUUCAUCAUGAGCGGCAUCCAUGCCCGCGAGCGUGGAGGCCCCGACAGCGUCAUCUACUUCAUCGCUGAUCUCCUGGCCGCCAAGAAGGCCGGCACUGGCGUUACCUACGGUAACAAGAGCUACACGCUUGCGGAUGUCGAGAAGGCCCUCUCUGCCGGUGUCAUCGUCAUCCCCCUCACCAACCCCGACGGUGUCGCAUACGACCAGUCCACCGGCAGCUGCUGGCGCAAGAACCGCAACCCCGAGUCCUCGGGCGGCGACGCCGAGAAGAUCGGUGUCGACCUGAACCGCAACUACGACUUCGUGUGGGAUUACAAGACGGCCUUCAACCUGACCGCCGCUGACGAACCCGCCUCGGACGACCCGGCCAGCGAGAUCUUCUACGGCACUGCGCCCGAGUCCGAGCCCGAGACCAAGGCCGUCGUCUGGACCCUCGACCAGUACCAGAACAUCACCUGGUUUAUGGACCUCCACUCCUUCACCGGAGACAUCCUCUACGGCUGGGGCGACGACGACGUGACCACCAACAACACCGACAUGUACUUCACCAACCCCAAGUACGACGGCCUCCGCGGCGCCGUCGGCGACGACAAGUACAGGGAGUACCUCAAGCCCACCGACUUCCAGAUCGAGAAGGACGGCACCUCCCAGAUGAUCAAGAGCAUGACCGAGGUCGGCGGCGUCGAGUACGGCGCCUACGAGGCCGUCGGCCUGUACCCGACCUCGGGAGCCAGCAACGACUACGCCAUGGGCCGCUACUACGGCAAGCUCGCGUGCGGCGCCAGCCGCAUGUUCGGGUACACGCUCGAGUUCGGCGUCGAGAGCACCGCCGACCCUACCUGCCCCUUCUACCCGGACAACAGCGAACACCACCGCAACAUGAAGCAGAUUGGCGCCGGCUUCAUGGAGAUGCUGAUCAUUGCGGCCGGCGAGGCUGGUGACCCGCUGUACCUUGAGUGUUAA